CGCUCGAGCAAGGCGGUGUGCAUUCAUCCAGAGGUGGGGCUGCUGUAUGAGUCAUCGGUUGACAUGGUCAACGUCGACGCGAUAUUGUUUGACCCAUCGACGCUCGACGGCCCCGCGGCGGGCGGCAACGCCAGCGUCCAGCCGCCAGGCGCGGCUCAGGAGAAACCGCCAUGGGCCGCAGGGGCCGACGGCGGCGGCGGCGACAAUGGCGGCGAGGCCGGCGCCGGCGGUGGCGAGGCCUGCGCCGACGCCGAGGCGGCCUGA